AUGGUGAAGAUAAAAGAGCUACAACAAUAUGCCGUGCAAUUAUUAGCAGAAUGUUUUGCAACAUGUAUUUUAAUACUUAUGGGUGAAGCUGGUAUUGCUAAUUACAAAUUUGCUCGUCAAACUUCUCAUUCUACACUUCCAAUUCCUAUUGCAUUUGGCGUUGGUGUAUAUUUAGCAAUAAUGAUUAGUGCACCAAUUACUGGUGCACAUCUCAAUCCUGCUAUAAGCAUAUCAUUAAUGACUAUUCGCAAGAUCAACCCGUUACAAUGUAUUUUCUACAUUAUUGGUCAAACACUAGGUGCAUUUUUAGGAGCUGCCUUGGUCUAUCUUGUCUAUAGGAAACAAUUCGAUGUAUUUGAUGGUGGUAGAAGACAAAUAACAGGUCCCAAUGGUACAGCUGAUAUUUUCUUCACAAUGCCUGGCAAAGAUAUACCUCAUUGGAAUACAUUUAUCGAUCAACUUGUUAGUACCGGUUUGCUGAUGAUCUUUAUCAUGACACUCACACAAAAGUUUAAUAAUAUGAUAUCGGAAGUAGCCAAACCAUUUGCAUUUGCAUUUGCAUUAAUUAUUACAGGUAUUAUUUGUGCAUUUUCAAUAAAUGCUGGAGCUGCAAUUAAUCCUGCUCGUGAUUUGGGUCCGCGUCUUUUUGGAGCAUUUAUCUAUGGUUUGAAUGAUGUAUUUCGUACCCAUAACUACUUCUUUUGGGUACCAAUCAUAGGUCCAAUUGUUGGAGCCAUUCUUGCCGUAUGGAUCUAUAAAAGUUAUGUAUGGAUUAUCCAGCGCUAUGGUCAUUUUUCCAACAUUGAACAUACCAACACUGGGAAAGAGAUCAAUCCCGAAGUCAUAGAAACAAGUUAUCCGUAUAAUUUAUAUGAACUUCAAAAACAACUAACAGAAGUGAACGCCUAA